AAUCCUUUGUUGAUAUUAGGACCAGUUGUUAACAGCAUAUUUCCAGUCCUGCAGUGCAAGUCUGUUGAAAGACACCUAAGUAACGUGGCGCUGUUUUACUUUUCAUGCGCACUAGUAAAUAGUGUAUAGUCAACAUUUGAAUGGAUUGAAGAAUACGUCUGGUCAAAACGUUUGUCACUGAAUUUUAUUUUAUUGUAGUAUUACUUAACACUAGAGCAAGUCCGCUCUGGUUUUUGUGAAUGUCUAGUGCUUGUUUAACAGGCAUUUGGGAGAGGCGGCCUCCAUCGGGUCCUAGAAUUUUUUGAAAGGUCCUUUGAAUGGAAGUGGCGCGGUGUGCUGAACACAGAUUGUCUGAAAUAGCAGUAGACGAAGUAUUCAGUAGAGUUGUUUAUUAAAUAAAUCUACUUAUACCUUGCUGCUAUUAUUGUGUUUUUUUUAUUUUUUAUUUUAUUUAUAUAAUGUUAUCGCUUGGACAUGACCAUUGGUUCAUUAGGAAGGUGGUAUUUUGGCGGGCAGCAGCAAGUAUUGCGUGGUCAGUGUUGUUGUUACCGGCUUCCACUGCAAUAUUUGUACUUCUGAGCAGGGUCAGUGUCUUGCAUCCCAUAGAAUGGAUAACAGGUUCACUAAACUUUUUGUGUGGUUCCUACGUUAUUUUUUCUAUUGUACUUCUGUGCUUGGUGGUGCUGAUUAUUGGUUUCUUCAUUCUGGAGUUUUACACAGUGGUGGCUUCAAUACCUUGUACUCAGAUUGCCCUAAUAGGAAAAGUGCUUCACCCCCAGCAGUCUAUUCACUCUCUGGUUCACUCUAUGAUGGGAAUGCUGGUAUCCUGGUGUGCAGCAGUGAUGAUAGGUGGACGAUACCAGUUUCUUACCACCCCUUGCAUUGCUGAGGAAAGUGCUACUGCUAUUUCUAUGUGUCUCAAUGAGUACCACCUCUUCUUUCUGUUGGCUGGUGCUUUCAUGGGUUACAGCUACAGUCUUCUAAAUGUUGUUGGCAACAUGAACUAUGUGUCUUUUCCAAAUAUUCAGCAAUGUAAGUACCUACGUUUCAAGGGAACCCUGCCUCUGGUAAUUAAGCACAGUGCAGUCCAGGCGUUCUAUUCUGUUCGGAACUACUGCAUCACUUAUUUCUUCUUGGGUUAUAUCCCCAGAGCAUGGAUAUGUACAACAAUGAGUCUUCGAAAAGACAGGACUCUUCACUCACUGGAUACCCUCACAGGCCUACUUGACUUUUCUCUUCUCUACCACCUGUGGAUAAGUGGAACAUUCCUCUUAGUAACAUGGUACAUGACGUGGCUGCUGUUUAGAAUCUACACAACAGAGGUGUAUUGUUUUCCAGUGCAAUCCUCAUUUUCAGAGGAUGCACACCAGUGCCUUCCCAAAGUCUUAAGCAGCAAACAACCCCUCAUUUUAAAGUAUUUAGCUUUACAGGAUUUUGCAUUGCUGUCUCAAAACUCUCCAUCCAGAAGACAAGAAGUUUUUAGCUUGAGUCAACCUGGUGGCCAUCCUCACAACUGGUCAGCAUUAUCAGGGGAAUGUUUAACUAUAUUGAAUGACCUUACCCAGAAGCUGAUUGCUUACCAGGAAGCUGUUUCGUCCAAUGGAAGAAUUAAGCCACAGUCUGUUGGCAGUGAUAAGAGACCUUCGUCUUCUGGCAGUUCAGCAACAUCUUUAAUAGAGGAACCUACAAGCUGGCAAACGCAAACACCAAGAGUUACCUUGGGUCCCAAAACCCCUGGUUCUGUGUUUCUCCGGUCCUCUGUGGCAUCCCCGUUCACUCCCGAUCUAGGAAGCCCUUUUGGUUCCCCUGCAAUGAAACGAUUGACUGGGACACUGGACCCGUCUUCUCCUUGGCAUGGCUCGGUGCAAAGUCCUCAUGUCAUGAGAAGAGGACCCAAACUCUGGACCUCGUCUUUGGGUGCAGAGUCUCCCUUGAAUGGCAGCCCACCAUCAGGACCUCCUCUGGCGCCAAGCCCGGGUGCUGGGGAACAGAAGCCCAGCAUAGUCUCUUUGUGGAUUCAGAACCGUCAGGAACAGGUUAAAAAUGUCCUGGCUAAACGGGUGCUGAUAAUGUAUUUAUUUAAUAAGCUUCCAGAAGCCUCUAGCCAAGCACUUUUUGCUGAGAGUCAAGCACACAUUUGGGCACUUGAAGGUCUGUCUCAUUUGGUAGCAGCGUCCUAUACAGAAGACAGAUUUGGGGUUGUUCAGACUACACUUCCUGAUAUUCUUGGUACUAUGCUUACUUUACAGGAGGCAGUAGAUAAACAUUUCAAGUUACCUCAUGCCUCCAGUAAACCAGCAAGAACUUCGGGCAGCCUGGUUGACACUUCCUACAAAACCCUAAGGUUUGCUCUGAGGACAUCUCUGAAAACUGCCAUCUACAGGAUAACUACCACCUUUGGAGAACAUUUAAAUGCUGUUCAAGUGUCGACGGAUCAUCGAAAAAGACUCCAGCAGUUUUUGGAAUAUAAAGAAUGAAGACAUUCCCUUUACCUUUUUAUUAAUGCAGCUGCAACUGAUUUUCAAAACACCAGAGUUGCUUGAACUGUUUUUCACAUGCAUGUAUAAUAAUGUAAAUCUUUCUGUGUGUAUAAUAAUCUAAAUAUUUCUAGCAAGUUUACCGUAGUUUUGUGUAACCAAAGGCAAAAUAAAGUGUGUUCUGCAGAAAAGCAGCCAAAGAUCCACAUUGUGACAGUUUACUAGAAAUACCAUGUACUGUAGAUUUGUUUUGUGUAUUCUUAUAGUAAAAAGAACAGUAUUAGAAAUCAGUGCAUUUAUAAAAUUAUAUAUAUAUAAAAAAUUUUUAUUUGUUUUAAUGGCAAACCAACCAGUUGGUACUCUGGUUUCCUUGCAGCUGAACUGUUCCUCUUUUGUAAGGUAUUAUAUAUAAUUAAACGUUCCUCUGUGCCUCUGGCAAUGCAGCAACACCAGUUCAGAUUAGAAAUCCAACAAACAGAAAAACCUGAAACGGAAAAAUCCAUCCAACAUAAUUUAAAAACAAAUCAAAAGAUAAUUGUUUUGAACAUUUAACGUGGCCAGGAAUGUUUCAUUUUGUGACAUACCCCUGACUCUUGGGAUGCUGUUAUUGAAUUACGCCAAGAGGAUGGAGAGGGUAGUUGUUUAUUUCUGUGCUAUUUCACAAUGCAGUGGGAUGACAGAUAUAUUUUUGAUGGAAGUCUGGCAGCUAGUAGGGUAAACUGCUACAUUUUAUAACAACUGAGCCCUCUAGGAAAACAACGGACCAAGUCAAAAAAAAAUAAAUUAAAUUAAGAAAAAAAAUGGUUUCCUUGACUGAGCCAAGCUAGCUUUAUUUGUGCAACUGAAAAACUCAGCUUGCAGUGAUUACAUAGGGAUCAAUACAGAUAAAUGAUUUUUUUUUUUUUUUUUUAAACAAAAUAUGACUUGGUUUUUAAUCAAUCCACCACUUUAUUUGUUGAGUAUUUUACAGUACCAGGGAAUGCACCUGGUUUGCAUCAACGUCUUUUUUAUGGGGAAUCCUUGGAUAGCUAUAGAUGCAGUAUAGGAAGAUUUAAAACGCCCUGCUUAAUCACCUAGCCACUGGUUAUAAUAAGUUUAAAUAUCCCUUGAGUUAUUUAAAAGGUCUGAAAUAAAGGCAUGCAUGUGCUAAAAUAAUAUUUCCAUUUACCAGCAGGGGGCAGAGGGCACAGUAGCGUGAUAUGCACACAGGUUUGUGAAAUGUACAGAAUCCUGAGAUUUGAAUACUUGUAAUUCUGUAGGUUAUUGGUUGUGG